AGGCUUAUUCAUGUUUGCCCUUUUCCGGUAUCUGAUCAAGGAACUGCAUGCAGCAAGCAUAGCAGUGACAGUAUCAACCAGUGCACGGUUACAUCUAGUUUACAGGCACUGGAAGCCUUGCAGAUAGCUUGCUAGUUUUAGACAGCGUUCAAACCUUAUUUGUAUUAUUUUUAUCACUUCAGAGCUUAGUUGCUGUUUUAUCGCACGCUGACGAGAUUGCAGUCAAUAUCUUUUACGUAUUUCUCAUUAGUCACAGAUAAAGUUUCAGUACUGUAGUUUGUAAAUGGCGACAAGUAGCUAACUGUUUAAAAUACUUUAACUCAGUUUCAGGCUCGUACGCAGGAUCUUAAGGACACAAAGGCUGUACAGUGGAGCCCCGCUGGUGUCAGUUUUCUGAGAAUAAACAGACUGCUGUGGCUUGGGCAUUUGGUCAAGUUGCAUUGCACCACUUGGUUACGGGAACUCUUUCGAUAGCCUAUUGACUCACGAAGUCGGUCAAGAUGCCACAACAUCCCAGAGUGUUCACUGUCUUCCUUGCUGCUGCAGUUUGCUUGGACUAUGUUACGCCUUUUGUGGCUGGGGCAGCUUGCGAGCCCAUCAGGCUCCCUAUGUGCAGCACCAUGCCCUGGAACAUGACCAAAAUGCCUAAUCAUCUCCACCAUAGCACGCAGGCCAAUGCCAUCUUAGCCAGCGAGCAGUUUGAAGGUUUGCUAGAUACCAAGUGUAGCCCGGACCUGCGUUUCUUCCUUUGUGCUAUGUACGCCCCGAUCUGCACCUUGGAUUUCCAGCACGAGCCCAUCAAACCCUGUAAGUCUGUCUGCGAGCGCGCUCGAGCAGGCUGCGAGCCGGUGCUCAUCGAAUACAAGCACACCUGGCCCGAGAGCUUGGCUUGUGAGGAACUGCCUGUGUACGACCGUGGGGUGUGCAUUUCGCCCGAAGCUAUUGUCCCUAAUGAGGGAGCAGAGCAUACACCAGAGUUCCCUAUCGACCCUAUCAAUGGCAACUGCAGAGGACCGAGUGGUGGUCAAUGUAAGUGCAAACCUAUCAAGCCUACUCAAAGAACGUAUGUACAAAGAAAUUAUAACUAUGUAAUUCGUGCAAAAGUAAAGGAAGUCAGGAGCAAAUGUCAUGACACUACUGCAGUUGUUGAAGUGAUAGCCAUUCUUAAAUCUUCACUGGUAAACAUUCCACGAGAUAUAGUCACUCUAUACUCAAACUCUGGCUGUCUGUGUCCACCGCUCAAUGUAACUGAGGAAUAUAUCAUUAUGGGCUAUGAAGACAAGGAGCGAUCCAGGUUGCUUUUGCUGGAAGGAACCAUAGCUGAAAAAUGGAAAGAUCAGUUGGAGAAAAAGGUUAAGCGCUGGAAUAAGAAGAUUAGCAAUCAACAAAGCAAAAGUAAACCGGGACAUAGUGAUCCUGCUCAAAAGUCUAGCAAGAACAAUCCAAGACAAACACGUCACUAAACUAUAAUUCAUUGCGCACAACUGAAUUGGACAUUAUAGUAUGACUUGCAGUGAUGAAGCAGCAGAGAGGAAAUUGCACUACUGCACGUUAUGUUCUAUUGCUGACUGCAGAGUUUAGUUGAAUAUAAUUUUACUUUUAUUUUCCUGUCUUGCUUUUUUUUGCACGAACUGUUACAAAUAAGCAAUUUACUGCACUGUCUGUGAUGUGUGAAACCAGGUCUUCUAAAUUUAGUUAAGUGAAAUUAAGUUAAAAACAGAGGACUGAUGCCUUCUAUGCAACAUCGCACAUACACAAAAUGAAACAAUGCAAAUUGCAAACUAUAGGAAAAAAGAUUUAGUUUUCAUAAACUUCAUCCUUUGGUUCUGUAGCUUAGCAUGAUGUUGUGAAGAUAUUCUGCAUUUUAUUUGCAAGGCUUAGCCUGUGAAAUGAAUUUGAUGUUGCUAAGUCAACACCAUAACAACAUAUGAAGAAGGCUGGAACAGCAAGGUGAAAUAAGGACUAUCUUUUUCAUGAGGUAUGUGCUGCAUGGCUGGAUACCAGAAAUUUUAAUUCAGAGCUCAGUCUGUAUAUCCUAACAAGAAUUAUAAUGCACCUGCACUACAAAUAUGCUGUUCUGUCGUGUGUGUCUUUUAAAGUUGGAGGUGUAAUUUAUGUAUUUCUCCAUAAGACUAACAUUUGAAUAAGACUCACUUGGUGUUAAUAGCAGUAUAAAAAAGGUUACGUACCACUAGAUAGAAUCAGAAUAAUUAUUCCUUUGUUUUAUAUAUCCCAGUAAUGUUUAUUGUAAAGCACCAGCCCCACACAAUAAAAAUUCAAAGGAUAAAAAAAAAAAAAAAAAAAAACCUAAAAUGACAUGCAAGUGUAUAUAACAUCAAGGGUAAUUGUUGAAACUAUACCGUGUUGUAUGAUGUUAAAUAUCCAUGUAUGUGAGUGUGCAGUUCAGAAGAAAACCUGGCUAUGAAGUUUGUUGCUGAAUUUGUUUUUAUAGGUCUUGGUCUGCUGAUUGUAGGUGUGUUAACAAACUGCAUAGAUAGAGUAAUUAAAAAAAAAUGCUUGCUGAAAUGAUCCAGAUAUAUUCUGUGUUUCAGGAUAGAGAAAUCUGUAUGAAAAUCGAGAAAAAAAAUAGUACCUGAGAACAUUUAUGGCAGUUGAAAAAACACAUUUUCACUUGCUUUAUUCUUUUAUAAAUUCCAUUUAAAGCACACAAUGCUAAAUGCUUGUCAUAUUAUAACUGCAUUCAAAUGUGUUGCAUGUUGUAACAGUUACAGGUCAAAAGCUCUAGAAAACUUGUGAACAGAACUUUUAGCAUCAGAUGCACUCAUCAGUAAAGUCUGCAUUUCUUACUUCA